UGCGCAUGUACAGGCCGUCAACUCAAAGGCACUCCUUCGAUAUAAAGUUGUUUUUGACGAAAAUUAAAACGUGUCAGUUUGUCACUUUCACGAGUUCUGAGUAAUAACAUAUUCAACUACUUACGGCAUUGGCUCGAGUAUAGGUUGUGCCUUUAGAUUUAGAGAAAAUGAAGAACUAAGGAAGCAUAUUUCACUUCAAACCCCGGCCUGGUCUGCUUGGUCUGUUUCACAAGCGUUCCCUUUAGUCUCGCGAUGUAGCGCCUCUGGUUUAGAAACUCUGUGGUGUGGCGGUAGCCUGUCCUGGACCAGGCACAACAGUUGUGCAAGUCAUUGCGAGAUGGAUCAGCAAUAUUUAUUAAAAGUAAUUUGCUAUCACCAGGGAGCACUAGAUUAUGCGGAUCUGGCAGAUAUUGGGUGCGGGGAAGAUGUUAUCUGUGCCCUUGAUGAAAACGAGGAAUUUUCUGUCGCGUUGUGCAAUGGAAACAAACGCAUUAUUGCGAAAACUAAGGUUAGACGCUGCAAGGCUCAGCAAUGUGAUGGCUGCAAUGAUUUACACCUGUGUAAAUUUUAUUUAUUUGGGGACUGUAAGAAUAGUAGGGGAAGACGGACAUGCCGCUUCGGUCAUGACCUGAACUCUGAACACAACUCCAGAGUUUUAAGAGAGUAUAAACUUGAGACGCUGAGUAGACAAGAAAUCCGGCAGUUGUUGUUACAAAAUGACAACUCUCUCCUUCCACCGGUGUGCAGCUCUUAUAACAAAGGCGCCGGGCCUUAUGGCAACUGCCCGGAUCAGGAGGGGUGUACAAGACUUCAUGUGUGUGACAGGUACAUCAGAGGAACCUGUUCCUCGGGAGCCGACUGCAACAGGUGUCAUGACUUCUUCGAACCCCACCCACAAAGGACUCUGCAGCAGAGGGGAGUGCCUAACGAUCUAAUGGUGUCCAUGUUGUCCACCUACCGGAACAUCCAGGCCAUGAAGAGUGAAGGUGCCGGCAGUGCUGCUUCCGUCAACAGGCCCCAGAGCUGUCCUCAGAGAAAUACAGUGAGGAAUGAGAUCUGCCUGUUCUUUGUCAAGGGGGACUGCAAACAAGGAGAGAAAUGCUGGAGAGUCCACUUCAAAAUGCCCUACAAGUGGGAAGUGAAAGAUGGACAGACUUGGUCAGCUCUGCCAGAAAAUGAAGUGAUUGAGAGAGACUUCUGUGACCCUUCUAAGAUACACAGUGAGGGAUCAGACUGUGUGGAUUUCGACUCCAUGAGCCUUGGAUUCAGUGAAGUUCGCCGUCUCUCCACAGUUUCCUCUGUGACCGAGCCCACAUUCGUACUCACCACAGAGUGGGCGUGGUUCUGGGAGGACGAGUACGGCAAAUGGGUCCAGUACGCAUCCAUCAAAGAGAUGCACAGAUUGUCAUCCAUCACCAGUGAAGACCUUGAGAAAAGGUUCCAGGAGGAUCAAAGUGCUGUGGUGAAGUUCACUGCAGGCCAGCAGUCUUAUGAGCUGAGUUUCAGAGACAUGACGCAAUAUAACGAAAGAUUUGGUACUAUAAGGAUGGUCAGACGACGUCCUGUCUUUGUUUCAACUGUGGACGCACAAGCUGCAAGAAGCAGGCGAAAUGGACCACGCAACCCCUCUCAGAAUUUCAGAGCUGUUCCUGGAUUUUGGGACAAGUCUGCGAUACCUGACAUUGGAUACAGGACAGUCACUCUUCUGAGUUCUGACAGGGACUAUCAGAAGGUCCAGAGACUUUUCAACAACACCACGAGGGGCUUCCAAAUCACCAGCAUCGAGAGGGUCCAAAACAGGGACCUCUGGGAAGUCUUCCAGUGGAAAAGAGAUUUAAUGAAGAAAAACAAUGGAGGUAAAAACAGCAAGGAGCUACAUCUCUUCCACGGAACGGACCCAAAACACGUAGACGCCAUUUGCAGAGAUAACUUCGACUGGAGGCUGUGUGGAACCAAUGGAACUGUGUAUGGCGAAGGGAGUUACUUUGCUAGGGAUGCCAAGUACUCACACAGCUACACCAGCGACUCAGGAUUGAGAUCCAUGUUUGCUUGUCGGGUGCUUGUUGGCGACUACACACGGGGGAACUCGGACCUCCGUCGCCCCCCUCCAAAAGGCGAGGGAAGCCCGACUCUCUAUGACAGCUGUGUGGACAAUGUCCUGAACCCAUCCAUAUAUGUGGUUUUUGAAAAGCACCAGGUGUACCCCGAGUUCCUCAUCAAAUACGAUGAUGGCGUCAUGCACUUGUCCUCUUUGGCUCCAGCUCCACCCAAGACUGUCUCUAUCCAAUCCACUUCCUUAACCCCAACAUCCAACCGGAUUCAAGCCACAGCUGCUGCUACCCCAUCGAAGAGUGUUCCAUCCACUUUGAGUCCAUCUAAAACUGCAGCCACUACUUCCUCUAAUCCAACCGAUUCUCGUCCCACUUCGUGUUUAGUCCAUGAGUCUUGCCCAAAACCUGGCCAAGCCCCAUUGAUAUUCAGUCAAUCUCCCAUGAAGCCAGCCCCAAGUUCUCAAUUGGUGGAUACCACCCUAGGCUCAGAUUUCAAUCCCUCAUUUGCAAACCUCUCUCGCACACUCACUACCCCAGCCAGCACCCCCUCUCGUACGCCCACUACCCCAGCCAGCACCCCCUCUCGUAAGCUCACUACCCCAGCCAGUACCCCCUCUCGUACGCUCACUACCCCAGCCAGUACCCCCUCUCCUACACUCACUACCCCAGCCAGCACCCCCCCUCGUACGCCCACUACCCCAGCCAGCACCCCCUCCCGUAUGCUCACUACCCCAGCCAGUACCCCCUCUCCUACACUCACUACCUCAGCCAGUACCCCCUCUCCUACACUCAUUACCCCAGCCAGUACCCCCUCUCACACACUCACUACCCCAGCCAGUACCCCCUCUCACACACUCACUACCCCAGCCAGCACCCCCUCUCCUACACUCACUCCCUCAGCCAGCACUCCCCCUGGCAUACUUUCCCCUUUAACUGGCACCCUAUUUCGGGCUCACACCCGCUCAACGACUACUACUCACACUCUCUCUGCCAGCAGUACCUCUCCCCCACUAUCCCCUUCAUACUCAUUGAGCACACCUUACCACACACUUUCUCACUCAUCAUACACCCCCACUUACACACAAACUCCCUCACGCACUUCCCCCUCCUCGUCAAGCAAUUCUCCAAGCACACUCUCCCCCUCAGCAAGCAACCCAUCUCGGGUGUUCUCUCCCUCGGCAGGUGCCUUCUAUCGUCCACUAUCUACCACAACAAGCACCACUAGAUCUCCUCCUGAGUCACUGUACAGUGUUCCAACAGCUCGAAGGAGGGACACCAAAGAAAAAAACAAAUGCCUUCUGCAAUAACUUGCCUUUGUCAGGGUGGAGCAGUAAGUAGAAUGUUUUGAUGGCAAACUUCAAAUCUUCAAAACAGAAAAUGUAUUAAAAUUAUGAAGGAUAAUGCAUUUGCAAAUUAAAGAUGUAGUAUAGCUGUGUAUCUUUACCUGUAGGGGCUUAACAAUAGUAAAGCUGUUCACAACGAACCAGACGUUUGUAAUUUGAUGAGCAUGUUUCCUUUACUCAGGUCUGCUGACACAGUCCAUACAUUUUGUAAAUGAAACAAGUUUGAUUUCUGUGUUUUAAACUCAUAAACCCAUUGAUUCUGGAUGUUUUUUGGACAAGUCUACUCUUUUCUAAGAGAUUUUCAAACACCUGUGAUGGAAAAAUUAUGUAUUCACCUUAUUUGUUGGAUAUAUAACAAUUAUUUCCCUAAACAGUGAGAUAUCUGUCCUGCUGAUGCUGAGUUUUAUGGUGUCCACUCUAGCUUUCUUGUGAUAAAACCUACAGCUGGCAUUCCAGUGACAGGAUGUGGGGUGGUUGUAACUGGGAUAGAGAGGAGUGGAACAAAGGCCUCAAUGGUUCUUAGACAUCCUGACCUGGGAAAUUAGGCCAGGGUCGGGGGUUAAGAUAACGCCAGGGGCAGAUAAAGACAGAAUGAGCCCAAAGUGGCUUACGGUGCCCCCCAGUCUAUAUGGGAGGGGUGGAACCAAGCAUUUUGGGUAUUAGCUAUAUGAACUGUGCAUGAUUCAGACUCUCAGCCAGUAAAGACUGGUGUGCUGACUGUCUCAUUAUUGCAAUAAUUAAUCAAUAUUAAAUUAAGAUGAUUGUUUGAAGAAAUGACCAAGUCUCUCUCAGGACUGAAUUUCCACAACACAAUGUCAGAAAUGACAUUUUUUGGGAUAAAAAUCAUCUUUAUUGACAUUAAACUGAAUCAAUGACUC